AUGACGGAAAUUCCAAGGAUUGACAAUUCAACCACCGCAGCCGAAGAUGCUAUCGAUGGUAAAGUUAGACGUAUUGUAAUCCGUGCUGGAUGCGUACUUGGAUCUAAAAUACAUCUCAAAGCAAAUGUCUACCUUCAUCACAAUGUAGAAGUCGACCAUGACACGAAAAUCGAGGAGGAGGUGGAUAUCUUGCGAAACACUAAGAUUGAAUCUCAUGCAAAGAUUGGACGACGCGUUCACAUUGGUGAAGGGGUGAAGGUUGGUCGAGCAACCUCGAUAGGUAAACACUCAAAUAUUGAUUCUGGAGCGAAAAUUGGAGCAAAUUGUGUAUUGGAAUGGGGGUCUCCAUCAAAGCCGGCGCAGUCAUACAGAGUGAAGUACAAAUUGGAGAUAGAACAAGCAUCAGCAGAAAUUCGUGGGUUCUCAAUGGAGCGAAGCUCGGUCGAAACAAUUUGA